ACUGUGCAGUCGGGGGGUGGUGCCUUCCUCUGCUUAAGGCUCCUUUGAUAUUAAUAGUGUUGGUGUCUUGAAACUGACGUAAUGCUGGGAGACUGAGGUCCUGACAAGCGAUAACAUUUCUGAUAAAGAACUCAUCUCGCUGCAAUCUUUGUGUGAUUCCUCCAGAGCCACAGAUCUCCUGUUAGAGCCACAGCAUCCAGAUUUUCUUUUCUCUCUCUCUCCCCCCCCCCACCCCUUUAACAACACCCCUCUCCUUGUUCCUGUCUGGGUCUCUGCUCUCAGGCAUACACACUUGGGGGGGAACAGGAAGCCUUUUCUUCUCCCCCCCCCUUUCAAACACAAAAAAUAAUCAAAGAUCAACUCUGCAAACAACAAGGAAACGGUUCAUGGCUCACGCCACAGUUCCACCAUCUUCCAGACUGCUGCUGCUGCUGCUGCUAAGGUUAUUGCAGAUCAAUCAACAGCACUGACACUGUACUCUGCCCUUUACAAAAUGAGAUACAACGUUGGUUAAACAAAGGCAAAGCUUCGACACAAGGAUAUGGUCCGGAAAAAGAACCCCCCUCUGAGAAACGUUGCGAGUGAAGGUGAGGCACAGAUAACAGAGUCUGCUGCAUCCGAGAGAGAAGACAUUAUUAGAAGCAAGGAAAUUUCCACAGAUCCGAUGCAAGAAAAUAGUGAACAAAGUGACUCGGUGGAACAUAACAGUGAUGACCAUAGCUUUCAUGAUCAAGAGCCUUCUUCCAGCAUCAACAAGGACUCUGAAAGCUUGGCAUUAAGUGAAAGAGCUGUAGUUAACUACAGCCACCUUAAGGGAAGAAAUGUUUCUUUUUCUCCAAUGGAGGUGACAGACAGAAAUAUGUUAGCGUUAGAUACUAGAUCUGCUUGUGAUCCUCUUAAGUCCCCAAUAAAAUCAGAAGCCGAUGACACCCAAGAACUGGCCUCAGCUACAAGUGUGGACAGUUUGGAGGCCAAAGAGGAAAAUGAUAUGUCACCAAGGGCUACUGACUUCACGGUGCAAUGUGGCAAAGUAGACUGUCAAAGCUCAAGUCCAGCUUCGGUGGCCUCAGAUAACCUUCAUGUGCCUUCAGAUGGGAUUGCAGGGCUGAACAAAUCUCAAGCUGUUCUGCUGGUCAAUGACAAUUCUGAUUCAGCACCUUUAUCCCCAGAGCUUCAGGAUUUUAAAUGCAACAUUUGUGGGUAUGGAUAUUAUGGAAAUGACCCCACAGACCUUAUUAAACACUUCCGUAAAUACCAUCUCGGCCUACACAACCGAACCAGGCAAGAUGUUGAACUUGACACCAAAAUCCUGGCACUUCACAAUAUGGUACAAUUUAGUCAAUCCAAAGAUUUCCAAAAGAUGAAUCGUUCUGUGCUUUCAGGGGUUUUGCAGGACAUCAACUCUCAGAGGCCUGUUCUGCUAAAUGGAACAUAUGACGUGCAGGUGACCUUUGGUGGAACGUUUAUUGGCAUUGGGCGUAAAACUCCAGACUGCCAAGGAAACACCAAGUACUUUCGCUGCAAAUUCUGCAACUUCACAUAUAUGGGCAACUCGGCCACAGAGUUGGAGCAACACUUUCUUAAGACGCAUCCAAACAAAAUGAAAAUGUCCUCCGAUUCUGGUAAACCUUCUGAGAAAAGCACCAAUAAAUCGAGCCCCAUUCCUCGUUCUUGUGAGCCUGGAGAUUUGGGAAAAUGGCAAGACAAAAUCACAGUUAAAGCAGCAGAUGAUAUACCUGUUGGAUAUUCAGUACCCAUUAAACCAGUAGAUUCCUGCAGGCAAAAUGGUACAGAUGAUACCAACUACUACUGGUGCAAGUUUUGUAGUUUCAGCUGCGAAUCAUCCAGCAAUUCCAAACUGUUAGAGCACCACAGCAAACAGCAUGGGGGAGGGAAAUCAGAAAGCCCUAAUUCAGAUAUGAAUGACAAGAUCUUCAGGGGAUCGGUCAUUAAUCAAAAUGAAAUUACCAAAAGUUCUGAUGAACAGCUCCCAACAAAAAUAGAGAAAGGAUUGGCUAAAAAGAAAGAUGUCUCCAGUGUACCAACUGAGGAUAUAAUAGUUACAAACUACAAUUGUCAAUUUUGUGACUUUAGGUACUCUAAGAGCCAUGGCCCCGAAGUAAUAUUGGUUGGGCCACUUCUACGCCAUUAUCAACAGCAUCACAAUAUUCACAAGUGUACUAUUAAGCAUUGUCCAUUUUGUCCCAGAGGCCUUUGCAGCCCCGAAAAGCACCUUGGAGAAAUUACUUACCCGUUUGCUUGCAAAAAAAGUAAUUGUUCUCACUGUGCUCUCUUGCUGUUGCACUUGUCUGCUGGGGUGACAGGGAGCACAAGAGUUAAACACCAGUGUGAUCAAUGCUCAUUCUCCUCUCCUGAUGUAGAUGUCCUCCUGCUUCAUUAUGAGAAUGCACAUGAAGCCCAGGCAUGUGAGGUCAAGCAGGAACUGAAUCACCAGCAUGGGGCCGAUGGGCAGCCGAGCAUCAAAGAAAGCAAAGAACACUCAUGUACCAAAUGUGACUUUAUUGUCCAGGUGGAAGAAGAUCUGUCCCGACACUACAGGAGGGUGCAUAACUGCUACAAAUGUCGUCAGUGCAACUUUACAGCAGCAGACACGCAGUCACUAUUGGAUCACUUUAACUCUGCUCAUUGUCAGGAGUCCGAAAUCACUACAUCUAAUGGAGGAGAGCAUCACGGAGCAUCUUCUAUUAAGGAAGAACCAAAAACUGAUCUAAAAGUGUAUAACCUUGUCGCUCCUGAUUCCAAAAUGGGAGAAGCCAUAUUUGACAGCACUGUGAAAAAAGAGAAGCUCGAGGAUAAGGAAACGCUCAGGGAGAAAUCUUGGUCUGAUAGUGCUGUCGAUGAUCUUCGGGGUGUUGCCUGGCGAGCACCAGACAUUUUGAGAACAAGCCCGUCCUACUCGCAGAUGGGCUUGGGCCUUCUAACCACAGUGUCUGUGAACCAAGAACAGCAAAAGUCCUCAAGAGACAGCCCCAAUGUGGAAGCAGCACAUCUAGCAAGGCCACUGUAUGGCUUGUCUAUAGAAUCCAAGGGAUUUCAAGGAGUGACAGCAGGUGCAAGUGGAGAAAAGUCUGGGCAGCAUACACCACAGUACCCUACAGCAGGAGACGGCAAAUCAAAGGAUGAGUCCCAGUCAUUGCUAAGGAGGCGUAGAGGAUCCGGUGUUUUCUGUGCCAACUGUCUGACCACAAAGACGUCUCUUUGGAGAAAAAAUGCCAAUGGUGGCUAUGUCUGCAACGCGUGUGGCCUUUACCAGAAACUUCACUCAACUCCCAGACCGUUAAAUAUAAUUAAGCAGAACAAUGGUGAACAGAUCAUUAGGAGACGAACAAGAAAGCGCCUUAACCCAGAAGCACUGCAGCCUGAACAGUUAAAUAAACAUCAAAGACCGAGUAGUGAAGAACAAGCUAAUGGAAGUCCUUUAGAAAGAAGGUCAGAGGACCACUCAAUGGAAGGUCAUCAAAGAGAAAAUCAGCAGCUUAGUAUGAAUAAAUAUGAGUCCCAAGCUUCAUUGACUAAAAGCCAUUCUGCUCAGCAGACCAUGAUUGUCAGCCAAACCAUGGAUAUCCACAAACGGAUGCAACCUUUGCACAUUCAGAUAAAAAGCCCUCAGGAAAGCAGUGGAGAACCAGGAAAUAGCUCAUCUGUUUCUGAUGGUAAAGGAAGCUCAGAGAGAGGAAGUCCGAUUGAAAAGUACAUGAGACCUAUAAAGCAUCCUAAUUACUCUCCACCUGGAAGCCCAAUAGAAAAAUAUCAGUACCCGCUCUUUGGACUUCCUUUUGUUCACAAUGACUUCCAGAGCGAAGCUGACUGGCUGAGAUUCUGGAGUAAAUAUAAGCUGUCAGUUCCUGGAAAUCCGCACUACUUGAGUCAUGUGCCUGGCCUGCCAAAUCCCUGCCCAAAUUAUGUGCCUUAUCCCACCUUUAAUCUGCCUGCUCAAUAUUCCUCUGUUGGGUCAGACAAUGACAUUCCUCUAGAUUUGGCAAUGAAGCAUUCCAGACCUGGAUCAGGAACAAAUGGGGCCUCUAAAGAAAAAUCUAAGUCGCCAUUGAGUGCAAAGGAUGAUGGUCCUUUGAAUGUAACUAAAAUAGAGAAAUCCGAUAAAAGUACGCAAGAUGAACUUUCAACAAAAUGUGUGCACUGCGGCAUUGUCUUUCUGGAUGAAGUUAUGUAUGCUCUACAUAUGAGUUGCCAUGGGGAAAAUGGACCUUUUCAAUGUAGUAUAUGCCAACAUCUUUGCACGGACAAGUAUGACUUCACAACUCAUAUUCAGAGAGGCCUACAUAGGAACAUUGCACAAGCUGAAAAGAAUGGAAAAACUAAAGAGUAAAACUUUAGCACUUAGCACAAUUUAGUAGAAAUGGGUUUUCUGAAUAGUAAUUCAGUGGCUUGUAACUUCUAAUGAGGGCCAGUAAAGCACUUCCUCAAGCAUGUUCAAAGGUUCAUGUACUUUGUAACUACCGCUUAUCAAGUAUCGGCCAUAAGUAUCAGCAUUUCCAGUGCAGGUAUGGGGUGCUUGGAUCUAUGAUUUUUAGGAUUAGGGAUUCUUCUCAAAAUUGGAGAACCAUGCCUUUAGGCUACUAAAAAACAUAUCUAAACAGGUACAAGGUACUGUCUUAUUAAACAUAAAAAGCAAAUCAGCCAAAAUGAAGACUUGUUUGUUUAACUAGAAGUCAAUGUAAAACUGCAUUCCCAUAUUUUGGAUCCUUGGGUAUAACCCGUUUCUGGAUAAUAGAUCCAGAAUAAAUGUUCCUGCAAAGGGCAUAUUUCUAGAUAAAAAUAGCAUUUCACCACUAUCAUAAAACCUGUAGUAUAAUUUGAAAUUUUGUUAGCCGUACACGAUUACCUAAGAAGGUCUUGCUGUAUUCAUAUUUUUUCUACGUUUUGUUUUAUAUCUAAAAUGUUAAGUAUUAGAAUUAUUAUACAGUUACUUUAUACAGCAGGAUUUCCACAUUCAAAAAGUAGACUUUUUCAUUGAAGUAUAAUUUACUUAUACUGUUCCGCAUCAUUUUUCCUUCCCCCCUACCUUAACAAAAUAAAAAAUGGACAAAAAUGUUUUUUGUUUAAAUAUUUUCCAGUUGUCCAAAUGGAAAUACCAAGUAGAUAUCCUUGAAUUUCUAUGGUGAAGUUCUAUGGUAUUUUUUUUUUUCAAUUAGAAAGUCACCUUACCUACUUCAAUACGAUAUUGCAAAAGUUCAACUGACUCAUAAGCAAGACACGCAAUGCUUUAUGCAGUUUGCUUUAUCUAAAAUAUUAACCAGCAUGAAGUAAAUGCCAGGAGUGUUCCAAGAGUUGUAUAAUAUUGUUUUAAAAUAUAGAUUUUACUUUUUAAACUUCAGCACAAAAUAAUACCAUGUUGAAUUUUGCCUGUUCGAGAAAUUCAUGCUUAAAAAAUACUUAAGUAUUAUAAGUAAUAAAAAGUUACAAUAACAAUGAAAUUGUGGCCUGUUUUGGCUGUUGGGGGGUCAGUGGACCCAUUCUGAAAUCUGGAAAGACUCAGAAGAAGGCAGAAUAAUUCAAAAACUAUA